AGUCUUCACUCGACGUCAAUAGACAUUCCCUGUUCUGCUUCUAAGCGUCUGAAAACUGCAUUAGAUCAGGACAGAGGAAUCCAGCUACAUCAUGGAUGACUUCAAUAGCGAGACCGACAGCGAUUACACCAGUUACUGGAGAGAUUGGUUUAUCUCCUCUCGGGGAAAUGAGUACUUUUGCGAAAUUGACGAAGAGUACCUCACCGACCGCUUCAAUCUGACUGGUCUUAAUACCGAAGUACAGUACUAUCAGUAUGCUUUGGAUCUGGUUACGGAUGUCUUUGACCUCGACUGCGACGAUGACAUGAGGGAACAAAUUGAAAAGUCGGCUCGUCAUUUAUAUGGUCUGGUUCACGCUAGAUAUAUUGUUACGACGCGAGGACUGGCCAAGAUGCUUGAAAAAUACAAAAAGGGUGACUUUGGCAAAUGCCCCCGCGUCAUGUGCGAACACCAACCCCUUCUCCCCAUGGGUCUCUCCGACAAUCCCAAUGUCAAGCCGGUCAAGCUUUACUGCUCCAAGUGCGAGGAUAUUUACAACCCGAAAUCCUCGCGUCAUGCGUCCAUUGACGGCGCCUACUUUGGUACUUCUUUCCACAAUAUUCUUUUCCAAGUGUACCCCGCGCUAGUGCCUCCAAAGUCAAUCCGGAGAUAUGAGCCCCGCGUAUUUGGCUUCCGCGUUCACGCAGCAGCAGCAUUGCAGCGUUGGCAAGAUGCUCGGCGCGAAGAGCUCAAGGAUCGUCUGCAUAAGCUGAAGAUUGACUCGGGCUUUGAGGAUGACGACGACGGUGAAAGGGAAGACGAAGAGGAGGAAGAUGAAGCAGGCGACAUGGACGUUGUCGCCACGAACCCAUAAUCUCCGUCCUGAUCAGCGUGGUCACUUUUGCCCUAUCCUUUUCUUGUUUUUAUUUUCUAUUUUUGCAUGCAUGGUUUUGGCGCAAGCUGGCGAAAGGUUCAUCAGUUUAAUGCUCUAAUCAGUUGACUGAUGGUGAUGUGGUUUGAGAUGAUAUCACGGGAGAGCCUUAUUGUUUAUGGUGGUAUUUUAUUUUGUUAUCAAGUCCUAGUUGCAAAGCCAAGCAUAUAAUGAAUAUAGCGGGCCUGAGAUUGUCAUUUUGUAACAUCAUCUCAAAUGUUUAUUCAGUAAGCAAAUACACGUGCAUAAUGUAUCGGGAG